CAAUCAAGUGCUAGUUCAGCGUAGCACUGGAGGAAUAAUCACGCAGCAUGUGUCCCAGACUCAGAUCUGAUACCGCACAAGAUCCCAUCAAUAAGCGUCGCGGAGGCCAGAUGGGAGUGCGCGCUGUCGAGUACUCCGCCGUCGCGACGCGCGAAGUAGUGAAGACUAUAUCGGAGAAAUGCCAGGUGUUGGGCAAAAUGCUGGAGGCGUCGCGAGUAAAGCUUCACAGUGCUGAGGAGAUAGCACAAGACUCGAUAUUCGCACAAACACCGCUCCUGCAGGAGAUGAACCGUGUGUUUGAGCAGCUCCAGGGCACUUGCGUUGAUCCGCACAUGGUGGGCGGUGAGCGAGGCAAGACGCUGUUCGACUUUGUCGACGCCGAGACUGUUCAGUCGUUGCAGCAGGAUGCAUUGGAGCAGACGAAGGAAGUGGAAGAGCUCUUAGCGGCGCACCAACACGCAAUCAGGAGAAUCGCAGCUAUUUACAGAUUUUUCGUGACGUUUGAUAAAGCUCACGGUAGUAAUGUUGACGCCCUGGUUGGCGAGCAUCGUGAACUCGCAUCGAUUGCCGACGAGGAUGCCAAACCAAUCGGAGAGCUAUACAAUGCAGCAGUAUGUACAGUACAUGCAUUGCUUUCACGCACUGGAGGAGAUUGUAGCCAUUCAGCUGCUAACCCUGGCUGGCUGAUUUAUUGUAGGUCAGCUUUUUCGUCGACAUGGAGCAGUGCGACCGCUUCUUGCUGGAGUACUUCACCACUAUUAACGAUAUAUACCCGCAGUACGUUCUGAAAAGCUCGCUGAUGAAGGUGCCUUAACCUGUGUCGCUUUGCUUU